CCUGGGUGUCAGCAGAACAAAGACCAACCUAUUGCAAAAUAUGAUGUGAUUGACAGGAGGCGGGGGAAUGAAACAGCUGUAUAUAGUUCAGCUCCCAAACCUCUGGCUUCAUUCCUCCCAUCCUGAUUAUCUGUCAGUGCUGUGCCCUACCCAGAUCUCAUCAUGGCUCACGACCUAACAAAUGUGAAUGUUGCUUUGCACGCCCUGCUCAAAGUGUUCAAAGAAGCAGCAGCAAGUGGCGACCGAGACAAGACAACUCUGAACCGGGAGGAGCUCCAUCAGCUGAUGAAGACGCAGCUUCCAUCUUUAGUGCAUGGUGACUUUGAACAGCGUUUCGAAGGUUUCUUCAGGACUUUGGAAGGAGAUGAAAGGAGUAAUGUCGACUUUAAAGAGUUCAUGUGCCUCUUAGCGACCAUCGUGGUCUGUUGUGACCAGGAGCUAUCCAAGUGAUGACAAUGAGACAGUGUGAAGCCUGUAAACAGCCCACACGAACCCUGUUCAACAAUAAACUCCUUCCAAAGAUGA